AUGUAUGACAAGUUUUGGGAGAAAAUAAGUUUCGCUUCAGUUAAUUUACUAUCGAAGCUAAACUUUGGAGAAAGCAAAAAGGACCGAAAGAAAUUUAAGGGCAUAAAAAAGGAUGACAAAAAGAGGAAAAAAAAAAAAACAUUUCAGGACAGUUACAAAAAGGAACACCCAUUUUUGUACUUGCUCAAGAAAAACAAAUACACUCAAAUAAAAUUUGUUUUUAAUGACAUUGUUAAGACUUAUUCUGAGAGACAAUUUCUGAGCGACGUAUCUUUGAAUUUUUUGUGCAAGCUAGCUAGGAAGGAAAAUUGUGCAAACAGUUUGAGUGUGCGGGAUGUCCACACGCUGCUGCUGAUUUUGAGUCGAGAGUUUUUGGCCAGACGUGGUGGGGAGGCGGACGCCACGAACGAUGGUGCUCAUUGCGAUGUGGAAAGUGGUGACCAUAGCGAUGUGGAAAGUGGUGACCAUAGCGAUGUGGAAAGUGGUGACCAUAGCGAUGUGAAAGAUGGUGACCAUAGCGAUGUGAAAGAUGGUGACCAUAGCGAUGUGAAAGGUGGUGACCAUAGCGAUGUGAAAGAUGGUGACCAUAGCGAUGUGAAAGGUGGUGACCAUAUCGAUGUGAAAGGUGUCGCUGACCACGGGGAGGACCCCCCCCUGGCAAACGAUCGAGACAUGAAAAUUUUAAAAACCAGCUGCUACUUGUUGCGACACCUGUUUAUGAACAGGGAGGGGUGCGAUGUGGUGGAAGACUCCUUUGCGAUUCUUUUUCUAACAAAACUGAAUUACGUGAUAGAUAAAAAAAACGACCUUGGGCAGAAAGACCUUAGGCAUAACUACAGCUUUUAUUUCUACGUCCUCCUCCUUUACUACUAUCUCUAUGUGUACAACAAUACGAACAAGGUCGUGUUGUUCCCCAGAGGGAGGAUUUUUAAAUACUCAUUUGGGGGCACCAAUGAGAUGGCACUGGUUCAUAAAAAAUACGACUCUUUGAAAGACAGCUCUAUGUACAAUAUGGAGAGGUAUGGAAUCUACACAGAGACCCACAACAGUGUUGACAAAAAUGAAGAAAAAAAACGAAGGAUUAUUUCAACAAAAAGAAGUAUGCUCAUUUUUUAAAUGAACGAACUGAAAGUUUUUCAAUUGACUACUCAUGAGUGUGUCAUGAGAAGGAAGACUCACUUGAUGAGCGAAUCGAUGAACAAUUAUUUGAUGCUAUGUCUGAGGCUUCUUUUUAAACUGAAUAGUAAACUGGAGGGAGAUAAUUACACCCAAGCGAAAUGCAGUAAUGGUGUACCGAGCAACAGUAAUGAAAAUUCGAGGGGGGGAAAAAAAAACGACGCACAUUUUUUCACAUCAGAAAAGGAAAAAAAUAAACGAAGAAAAGUGCCAACCAAUUUGUUAUUAACAAAUAUUAACAACAAAAAGAAAAGCCAAAAAAAUAAGUUAGUUUUAAUCGAACUGUUGUAUCAAGCAAUUGACUAUGUGACGUUAAAUGAGGAGAUUCCUACGUGCAGCAGCAAAGGGAACAACAACAUUAUCGAAAAUGGACUAAGCGAAAUAGUUAAUUGCCUUGAGAAAAAAUUUAAACUCAAGUACGUAGGAAGCGCAAAGGACGUGGAGUAUCUCUCACAAAGUGAAAGCAAAAAAAAAUCCAAAAAUGAAAAAAAUGCUGACAGUGAAGAAAACAUCCUUUUUAACAUCAUCAACAUAGACAAUAAAUUAAAAAAUAAAAAUAACUUAAACGUAGACACUUUGCUAAAGAAGAUAAAUGAUCUGCUCAACAUCGGGAAUGAUCCGUCUGCCUACGUUCACUCAGGGCUCCACGUUAUCAUCAGGAAUAUGUGCCUCAAUAGGCUGAACUCGCUAAACUUAGAUUUGCUCUUCCUCGUAAAUUUGUACUCGAACAAUAAUUUUAAAAAUAAGUUUUUUCAUUACGAUUGGAAGUUGGCGACCGCUCCGUGGGUUAGCGAAAACGCCGGCAGGAGUGACUACCCAGCCGAGCAUCGCGAAAAUGGCAGCGGGGGUGCCGUCCAAGCGACACCCAUGGGGGCUCCGAAUGAAGCGGAAACUGGUGGGCAGGCAGCGACAAAAGAGGGUGAGAAGUCAGAUAGGCUUCCUUCGAUGAGCCUUCCAACCCUGAGUCUCCCAACCUUGGACCUCUCCUCCCUGUACAUCCCGCUGACCUACAAAGCGGAGGACGAUUCCUUCAAAGCAGAAACGAAAAAAAAAUCACAGAGCAUGGCAAAAAAAAAGAAGAAUAAACACAUCUAUAACGAGCUCGCACUAUGCUUAAAAAUCAUUGCAAACAGUUUCGCCUCCAAAGACCUUUGCUUCAAUUCUUUUUCUGUCUUAUAUUUUAUGUAUAAAAAUAUACUAGACAAUAUCAUGAGGAUAUCUUUUAAUUUUACUUACUUUAUUAGUGCGGAGUUUUUUUUUUUCAACGACAGCAUGAAUUUUCUCUCGCUUGUAAAUUUGAAAAGGGAGCUAAUGCCAAGUUCGGUAUACUUUGACAGCAUAAGAGCUUUUACCAACAUCAAAUCGCACUAUAAGUACUUCCUUGGGUUGACAAGAAAGGGAGUGAAGAAGGAAGAAGUCAAGAGUAGGAAGCAGUAUCCAAUUCUCCUGUCCAGUUUGAGGGGUGACACGGGAGAAGAUUUGUACAGCGGUGGAGACGAAUACAUAGAUGGAGAGGAACACAUCGGUGGGGAGGAACACAGCGGUGGAGAGGCACACAGAGCGUGGAUAAUCUGCUGAAUGGAGAACCAAACGAUGGAACCCAAUGUAGCAGAAAAGCCAUCACGGAAAAGGAAAAAGAAGAAGGUGGACAUAGUGAUGGUGCAUGGGCUGAGGGGAAACGCUCUCCGAACAUGGAGAUUCUCCAACCUGUACCACAACAGCCCCAAUUAUCGCUUCUAUUACCGAAAUGACAAUUUGAAAAGGUACGAGAAGGGCGUUACGAACACACAGAUGCGCAGUAGUGACAGUGCGAACGAGAGCGAUGAUAGCACAGAUGAGAGCAAACAUUAUGUGUGGUCCUUCCUCGAUAUAAACGGAAAAAGGGAAGACAAAGAUUACAGCCAAUCACUCAGUGAAGGUUCAUGCUUAGAGAAAAAUGAGCUGAAAGAAAAAGAGGACGAACUUUUUAGCGCCAUAAAUGACAAUACAGACAAAUUUAAAGAAAAUAAAAACGUCUUUCUUUUUGACGAAGAAAGUAAGGAAAUAAGAAAGUGCAUAAAGAUACGAAAUAGCUUUCGCUUUGUAGCCAACGAGGAUUUAAUCCGCAUGCUGUUGUUAAAUUAUAAGUAUAAUCAAAACGUUUUUUCCGUUUAUGCGCACACCCGAAUUAUGAACAAAAAUAUUUUUAAGUCCAUUUUUUUGAAUAAUAAGAAAUUAAAAAAUGAUUUGGAUCUUUACAGCGAUUUGUUGUCCUACCAGUUGUGGCCCGUUUAUUUAUUGUACCCUCGGAGCAAGCGCUCGAAUAUUUUCAUUUUUAACUAUCACUCCCCGUUGUACCCCGAUGGGAGCUACUACGUCAAGCGGGGUCGCCAGAACGGGAGGGGAAACUCGGCGAGGCGGGACAAAAUGGAGAAAAGGGAAAACAGCGAGGAGGGAAGGGGCUUAGAAUGCGGAGCGAGAAGUAACGUAGAAACAAACGAGGAAAGCUACGCAGAAAGCAACCGAGUGGGACUUCUCAACAGCUCGAUUAACGGAGAAGAUAAGAAGGAGCCGGAAAGCCUCGGGUACAUGUUUUCCCAUUUCAGUUCGCUUAAUUCUCUAUUUACGAAAAAGGAGGAAAACCGAGAACAGAAUUUUAACAAAAAAAAAUAUUUCUACACCGACAGAAUGAAUAUGGAAGAGUUGUCUAUUUUUCUUUUAAAAAAAUUAAAAGGCAUAAACUUAGGAAGGCAUAAUGAUAUUAUAUUUGUUGCUCAUUCCAUGGGGGGAUUAUUAACACAGUACGUAUUGCUAAAAAAUGAUGACAUUUUGAGGAAGACCAAAUUUGUGUUUUUUUACGCUUCUCCUCAUUUUGGCUCUCCACUUUCCUCGACGGCUUUUUUGUUCAAAACAUUUUUAUCGCCUUAUGUUUAUCAGCUCAAUGACUACGAUUCGACUCUGAGCAACUUGCAGUAUUCCUUUAGGGAAAGGAUAAAGAACUCAACCGUUAAGGUUUAUUCCUUUUCGGAGUCGGAGAAAACGCCCUUGCCGUUUAUAGGUGUGCACACAAUGAUCGUCCCAAGCGUUAGCUCUUAUUUGAACUACUCCAAAAUGUUUACAAUCAUCAAGGACUGCAACCAUCUCGAAAUAAGUAAGUUAAAUAGCGAGGAUGACGUAAAGUACCAUUAUUUGAAUAGGGCAAUAAGGGAAGUGCUGCGGGCGAAAUCGGAGGGAUAG